UCUCUAACGCGCACCUCUAUGAAGGUGUGCAUGGUCCAACAAACCAGAACUCGACCUGGAGAAACUGAGAUCGUAUUCCAAGAUGACUUGUAUUUGUUUUCAAGUCUUACGGGCUGGAGGGGGCUUGUUACAGAUACACCGGCACCGUAGAGCGGUUUCCUGAGUUUUUUUUUUUAAUGGAGGUUAGGACUUUUUCUGGACAGGCAUGAAAACUCGACCAGCUGGGAUUGGAAAUGUCAACGCCGAUUGGAUGGGCUCGCUGCCCUCCAAGCUUAGUGCCAUGCCCCUCAAACACCUAGCGGUUCCUGGCUCCCAUGACUCUUUUACUUACUGGGUGGACGUGCAUGCUCCAGUAGGUCCUGAUCAAAAGGUCUACGUCAAGUACCUGGCCACCAUGUUCAGUGUUUUAGCCAAGAAGGUGAUGGUGAAGUGGUCCAUGACACAGAAUCUGACGUUUAAGGAGCAACUGGAUGCAGGAAUUCGCUACUUCGACCUCAGGGUCUCCUCCAAACCAGGCGACCCGGGACUUGAGAUCUUCUUCAUUCAUGGUCUGUUUGGACACAAGGUGAGGGAUGGACUUAUCGAGAUAAACUCCUUUUUAUGUCAGCACAGGAAAGAGGUGAUCUUCUUGGACUUCAACCACUACUAUGCAAUGGGCCCAGAUCACCAUGAAUACCUCAUCAAGACACUUCAGGAGGUGUUUGGUAGCAAGCUUUGUAAGAACUGUUCAGUGGAGGCCAUUACUCUGGACUACCUCUGGGAGAGGAAAUACCAGGUCAUCGUUUUCUACCAUCAUCCAUCAGCUCAGGGUGUCCCUGUCAUGUGGCCUGGCAACAAGAUCCCUGCACCCUGGGCCAACACCACUGAACCCAGUAAGCUCAUCCAGUUCCUGGAAUCCACACUGAAGCAAAGAGCCCAGCAGGGAUCCUUUCACGUUUCCCAGGCCAUUCUUACACCACGGGUCAACACUGUGGCGAGGGGUCUUGUCUGGGGUCUACGCAAUUACUUGGUGGAAAAAAAUCUCCCUGCGAUCAUGUCCUGGGUGGAGAUUCAGAAGCCAGGCUCGGACGGGGUCAACAUCAUUACCUCCGACUUUGUGGAGCUUACUGACUUUGCCAACAUUGUCAUCAAACUCAACAACUUGCUGUUGUCUGAACACGAGUCCAAACCAAGAUGACAACAAAACAAAAGGUGUCCGGUCUCAUACCACGCACUUUACGUCCAUGGUCACAUUUGUCUUCUUGGAAUGUAACUAUAUCUUAUAUUGUGAGGAUAAGAAUUUAACAAUUUAACAAUACAGUAAUCCCUUGUUUAUCAUUGGUUCCUGUGAUAAGUGGAUUUCUUAUUUAUAAUGGAAUAUAUUUUUAGUUAUAGCUUAAAAAAACAGUUAAUGACCUCAUAAAUACGUAUUUUAACAUUGUUAGAGCUCUUGAGACAUGAAAUAACACCCCUAUAGUCAUCUUUACGGUCGUUUUACCCAAUAUCGUAGACUGAUGUGACACUGGGGGUUCAAAGUUUACUUAUAUACGUACUUGCCUGCAAUAGAAGUCCUUUGUUCUGACGUUCAAGUCUGGUGCUUGUGUGUCUCACCAAACAUUACAAGACACAUAUUGACCAGUGUAGAAUGCUACUUAUCAUCCCAGCGUCUUUGAAUGUGUCCUCUGAAUGCCUUAUAUUUGUAUUUUACUUCAUUUAGACAUUUUCAUGCUUAAUUUAGGCACAAAAAUACAUAAAACAUAAAUAUGCAUAUUUGAGUAGCAAUGGAUUACUGUAUGUUUAUUAUUGUGGUUGUUGUUUACAGUGGUGUACCUGCACCGCAUCAAAAUGAGGGUUAAUACCUUCUCGUGAAGGUAAAUAUGUACAACACCACUGCACACCAUUUUGUAUUGUACAGGUGUGCCUAAUGUGGUGACCAGUGAGUGUAUUACAGUUUAUUGUGGAUUGUGUAUUGGAGUACACUACUGGGCUGAAACCAGCAGAGACACUGUUCUUUUAGUUUCACAGUGUAGAAGAAGAACAGCGAUAUGUUAGCUAUUUAAAUUUGAGUGACAUUGCAUCCAUGUAAACGUCCAGUAUCACACAGUAAUUAUGAAUUAAUUAAGUUGAUCAACUAUAGUGGGUUGCACGGUGAUCGAGUGGUUAGCACGCAGGCCUCACAGCUAGGAGACCCGAGUUCAAUUCCAUUCAAUUCGGAGUUUGCAUGUUCUCCACGUGCAUGCGUGGGUUUUCUGCAGGUACUCUGUUUUUUUCCCACAUUCCAAAAACAUGCUAGGUUAAUUGGCGACUCCAAAUUGUCCAUUGGUAUGAAUGUGAGUGUGAAUGGUUGUUUGUCUAUAUGUGCCCUAUGAUUGGCUGGCGACCAGUCCAGGGUGUACCCCGCCUCUCGCCCAAAGACCCUUGUGAGGAUAAAUGCUUGAAAAUAAAUGAAUGAAUGAAAAAUAGAGGUUAAAUAACCCUCAUUUAGGAUCUAAUUUAAACACUUUAAAUUGCUUGCCUGCCUUUGAGCUAAAGUUGGCCAUUUUACUGUGCAAAUAAAAUAGGUUACAGCAAACUGUGGCUUUGCUAUAGUUAAACAAGAGGUGCAAACAGUUACACCUUCAGGGGAGAAAUGUGCAGUUAGGUUUACCACAAUUCACAUAAAGCACAUGCAAUGUACACACGAGCAGCUGUUAUAUACAAUAAAGACUCUAAGGUAAAUAUUUGACAUGACACUAGUAUCAAGCAGAUGACAAUAUCUGUAUAUAGAACGGCAAAAAUAAUGUCCUAGAAUGUUUGCAUGUGUUUAUUUCCAGUAUGUUGGCUGAGUGAUUACUGCUUAUUUCAUAUACUGGCAGGGUCUUCAUUCCUGUGGUUCGAGCACGGGAAAGAAGAAGCAAAGAAAUAAAAGUUUUACCUUAAGGGGUAAUUCUCAACAGCUGUUUUUCCUCCUACUUAUGCUGCUGCUUUGAUAUCAGCUCUACCCCUUUUUCUCUUUUGACUCCCUCCCUUCUCCUUCCUUGCCUGUCCAAGCCAGCUGAGUGCGGUCUUCAGAGUCACCAGCACACGAGCGCUUUAAUUGUGGCGUAAUUACACAUUCCACUGAAGGCAAGUGGGAGCGUAAGAGGAGCAGCUCGGACUGAUGGGGAGCAUUCCUCUCUUGUUUGCAUUGCAGUCCUUGCACGCUCUUCUUGUUAUUUCCACUGUGCAUCUGCCAACUUCCCAUGUUUCAAAGGAGCACAAGGUUCUAUGUUAAUGUUCCGUGCAGGAGAAAUAAUAAAAUGGAUUUCAGUCUCCGUGCAUCAGAGAAUAGUCAGACUUGAAAUUAUGUUUUAAAGGUCCUAUAUUACGCUCUUUUCAACAGUUUUAAAUAAGUCUCAGGGGUUGGACAACAGUGUAUUAGAAGUGUGUUGCCCAAAAUCAACCCUUGGGUUAAAAAGUGGUUGGAACACCAUUUUAUGUGUCUGUAGCUUUAAUGCCAAUGAGCUGUGUUUGUCCACGCCUUUGUCCAGAAAUGCUUUUGUGUACCUUAUCCACUAUUUUACACAUGC